UACAACUCUCUCCCCUACAUCUUUACUAAAAAGUUUUUCCCUGAGGAAGAUGAACAACUACAUGUUGUUCAUCAAUCGGCUUCUGGUUCAUUCUCUGCUGCUACUUUGCUUUGCAACCUUAGCUUUUGGAGCAAAUCGACUAUUAGCCGAUGAAGUGCAAGCUUUGAAGGACAUAGCAAAGACACUGGGUAAGACAGAUUGGAAUUUCAGUGCUGAUCCAUGCAGCGGACAAUAUGGCUGGAUUACUCAUAAACCGGACAAAUAUUUUGCGAAUAACGUCACUUGCGGCAAUUGUACGACUUCCGAUGCGGCUAAUGCCACCAGUACUGAUCAGAUCUGCCAUGUUGUUAGCAUACUUCUGAAAUCUCAAGAUUUGCAAGGAACACUUCCGUUAGAGUUGGUGAGGCUCCACUAUCUCCAAACAAUUGAUCUUACCCGUAACUUUCUGAACGGAACCAUCCCUCCACAAUGGGGCACCCUGCCACUAGUUCACAUUUCCCUUGGUGGAAACCGCUUGACAGGUUCCAUCCCCGUUGAGCUUGCAAAUAUUACCACCAUGAAAAUUUUGACGAUCGAUGUCAAUUAUUUUUCUGGAGGUCUUCCUUGGGAACUUGGAAAAUUGCCUCACAUAGAAUUACUGGGUCUUACCUCGAACAAUUUUACUGGAGAGUUGCCGAGUACUUUUGCAAGGCUUGCCACAUUAAAGGAGUUUAGGAUUAUGGACAAUUCCUUUUCUGGGGAGAUACCUAAUUUUAUUCAAAACUGGACAAAUAUUGAGAAACUAUGGAUUCAGGCUAGCGGUUUGACGGGGCCAAUUCCUUCUGGCAUUUCUCUUUUGACAAAUUUAAUCGACCUGAGAAUUGCUGACUUGAAUGGACCUGAAUCAUCCUUUCCUCUACUUGAGAAUAUGAAAUAUCUGAGGACACUGAUAUUGAGAACUUGCAAUAUUAAUGGACAGCUACCAGUAUAUUUUUCGGACAUGACAGAGUUGGCAACUUUAGACCUCAGCUUCAACAAGCUAACUGGAAGAGUCCCAAGCAACUUUGUUGCUCCAAAUAAGUUGGAUUACAUAUUCUUAACUGGAAAUUUGCUGAAUGGAUCCGAGCCUGAAUUGGUAGCAGACAACAUUGAUCUUUCAUAUAACAAUUUAACUGAAGGGAUUGAGAAUUGUCAGCCACAAGCCGGCCGGAACUUCUUUGCAAGCGCUUCAAAGCGAAACGAUUCAGCUGCAGUUUCGUGUUUUAACAGUUUAACUGCAACAUGUUUGAAAAGUUGGCACUCUCUCAAUAUAAAUUGCGGCGGUAGUGGAGUGACAAUUAAUGGAACAACAUAUGAUGAGGAUACAGUUGCAAAUGGACCUUCAUCAUAUUAUCUCAGCAGCACAAAUUGGGCGUUAAGCAGCACUGGUUACUUCCUUGAUGAUGAUAGUUCUACAGACCACUUUACUUGGUCUGCUGAUUCAUCUACACUCUCUAUGGCCAAUCGUCAACUAUACACGACUGCGCGCCUUUCUCCCAUCUCUCUAACUUAUUAUGGGUUUUGCCUGCUAAAUGGAAACUACACAGUAAACCUCCAUUUUGCAGAGAUAAUGUUUACAAAUGGUCCAACAUAUAAAAGCUUGGGAAGGCGUAUAUUUGAUGUUUAUAUUCAGGGGAUUCGAGUGCUGCAGGAUUUCAAUAUUGCCAAGGAAGCAGGUGGGGCUGCUAAGGCAGUCAUAAAAAACUUUACUGCUGCUGUAACUACUAAUAAUUUGGAAAUCCGUUUCUUUUGGGCUGGGAAAGGAACCACAGGUAUCCCAGUAAGAGCAAUCUAUGGUCCUCUUGUCUCCGCUAUUAGUGUAGAUCCAGACUUUGAACCCCCGGCAGAAACCUCGUCAGAACCCAUGUCAAGGAGUUUAUCUAUAGGCGAAGUAGUUGGAAUUAUGGCUGGGGGAAUAUUCCUUGUAUUACUGAUUUUCGGUAUUCUUUGGUUGAGAGGCUAGCUAAGACGAGAAAGGACUUUGGAGCAAGAUUUAAAAGGUCUUGACCUGCAAACGGGUAAAUUUAGCUUGAGGCAAAUCAAAGAUGCCACAAACAACUUUGAUAGAGCCAACAAGAUUGGAGAAGGUGGUUUUGGUCCUGUUUUCAAGGGGCAACUAUCAGAUGGCACCGCAAUUGCUGUUAAGCAGCUUUCUGCCAAAUCAAAGCAAGGAAAUCGCGAAUUUCUGAAUGAGAUUGGCAUGAUUUCUGCUCUGCAACACCCUCAUCUUGUCAAGCUCUAUGGAUGCUGCAUUGAAGGAAAUCAGUUGUUGCUUGUCUACGAGUACAUGGAAAAUAACAAUGUUGGACGCGCUUUGUUUGGUGCAAAAGAAAGUCAGUUGAAGUUAAAUUGGCCAACAAGGCACAGGAUUUGUGUUGGUAUUGCAAAAGGUUUGGCUUACCUCCAUGAAGAAUCACGGUUGAAGAUCGUUCAUAGAGACAUCAAAGCUGCUAAUGUGCUGCUUGAUAAAAAUCUUUUCCCGAAGAUAUCUGACUUUGGCCUAGCCAAGCUUAAUGAAGAUGAUAGUACCCAUAUAAGCACUAGGAUUGCUGGAACUUAUGGAUAUAUGGCACCUGAAUAUGCAAUGCGAGGUCAUCUAACUAAUAAAGCAGAUGUGUAUAGUUUCGGAAUUCUUGUAUUGGAAAUGGUCAGUGGAAGAUGCAACACAACUUACUGUUCCAAGGGAGAGUGCUUUUACAUUCUUGAUUGGGCACUUCUUCUGAAAGAGAAAGGAAGUUUGCUAGACCUAGUCGAUCCAAGGUUGGAAUCAGAUUUUAACAAGGAAGACGUAAUGAUUACCAUCAAUGUGGCUCUCCUUUGCUGUAAUGUCUCUGCAGCACUUAGGCCUGCCAUGUCUUCAGUGGUGAGCAUGCUUGAAGGCAGGGCUCCUGUUGAGGUGUUAGUCUUAGAUUCAUGUGACUCAUCUGAUGAGAUCAGUGAAAUGAGGAAACAUUUUGAAUCCAUUUACUCAUCGGAAACCAUCGGUGAGAGUUCUCAGAGACAAGCGAUGUCAAUCGAAGGGGGAUGCACUUCACCAACAUCUUUUCAAGAUCACUGUCCAAUCAAUCCUCAUUCAGAUUACUGGGAGAACAGAAAUUAACGACCUUAGCAAACUGUCCUCAUGGGUUGUCAGUGUAGCUAAACCAUUGCUUCAAAAAGACAUUUACAAACCAUUUCUACUUCCACUCAAGUUUUUUGUUUUGUUCGGAGAGUAAAAACAUUAAGGUUAAUUGUAAAAACGUUUCUCCACCUUAUAAUAAUUGGAAACUGUGAAAUCAAUUGUUCAGAGCGCCUUGCCUGGGGAAGGCAAUUUGAUACCAUGAGUAUUGCACUAUUGACAACUCAUCAACUUAA